AGUAUUUGGUGCUGCUAUACUGCUGACAUCCUCCCUCAACAUGUUAAUACCGUCUGCAGCCAGGGUGCACUAUGGGUGUGUCAUCUUUGUUAGGAUCUUGCAGGGCCUUGUAGAGGGGGUCACCUACCCUGCCUGCCACGGUAUUUGGAGCAAGUGGGCCCCCCCAUUAGAAAGAAGUAGAUUAGCAACCACUUCCUUUUGUGGUUCCUAUGCAGGAGCUGUUAUUGCAAUGCCUUUAGCUGGAAUUCUAGUGCAAUAUACUGGGUGGUCUUCUGUGUUCUAUGUGUAUGGGAGCUUUGGUAUAGUCUGGUACAUGUUUUGGCUUUUGGUUUCAUAUGAGAGUCCUGCAAAACAUCCUACGAUCACAGAUGAAGAAAGGAGAUACAUAGAAGAAAGCAUUGGAGAGAGUGCCAACCUCCUAGGGGCAAUGGAAAAAUAUAAAACUCCGUGGAGAAAAUUUUUUACAUCUAUGCCAGUCUAUGCAAUAAUUGUUGCAAACUUCUGUAGAAGCUGGACCUUUUACUUGCUGCUUAUUAGUCAGCCUGCUUACUUUGAGGAAGUGUUUGGAUUUGAAAUAAGCAAGGUGGGUAUCUUAUCUGCUGUGCCGCAUUUAGUGAUGACAAUUAUUGUUCCUAUUGGGGGACAAAUUGCAGACUUUUUAAGAAGCAGGCAGAUUCUUUCAACCACUAAUGUGAGAAAGAUAAUGAACUGUGGAGGUUUUGGUAUGGAAGCAACUCUUCUUCUUGUGGUGGGAUAUUCUCACAGUAAAGGAGUGGCUAUUUCAUUCUUAGUACUUGCUGUGGGCUUUAGCGGAUUUGCCAUAUCUGGAUUCAAUGUCAACCAUUUAGACAUUGCCCCAAGGUAUGCCAGCAUCUUAAUGGGGAUUUCUAAUGGAGUCGGGACCUUGUCUGGAAUGGUUUGCCCUAUAAUUGUUGGAGCAAUGACAAAGAACAAGACACGUGAAGAGUGGCAGUAUGUCUUCCUCAUUGCUGCUUUAGUUCAUUAUGGAGGUGUUAUCUUCUAUGGCAUAUUUGCUUCAGGAGAGAAACAACCCUGGGCAGACCCUGAACAGACCAGUGAAGAGAAAUGUGGCUUUAUUCAUGAGGAUGAACUUGCUGAAGAGACAGGGGACAUUACUCAGAAUUACGUAAAUUAUGGUACCACCAAGUCUUACGGUGCUACAACCCAGAUCAAUGGUGGCUGGCCUAACGGCUGGGAGAAAAAAGAGGAAUUUGUACAAGAGGAAGUACAAGACUCAUACAACUACAAGGAAGGAGAUUAUUCAUAACAAACCUAAAUAUUGGGUAUAUUUUGUAGUGUUUGUGAUUAAAUUCAUUGUGAUUGUUUGCACACAGAAAUAAAAUGUGGUAUAAACAUGUAAACACAUAUCAAACAGGAAGGUCUUACUGUAAAAAAAAUACAUCAAAGUGCAAUCUGUAUGAGUUGUGACAUGUCAUCACUUUCAUUAGGUUAUAUUUGUUCUAUAAACAUUAGAGUUUUAAGGGUUUACUGGUCAAACUAUAGAGGCAAUUAGAUACUUACAGUAUACAAGAGCUAAAACUCAUGACUAAGGAUUAAAGCACAACUAAGCAACCAAGCUGGCACAUCUAAUGCUCUUUUUAGAAAGCCAAAAUUACUUGAUCAUUAAAAAUGCACUUAUAUAUUUGUUACACUGUAUUGAAAGAGAUUGUGUUACGUACACACAUUUACUCAGUGCAAUGUAGGAAUUGUGUGCUUAGUCUAAGACAAGAGCUUUCUCAAAGAAGAAAGGUCAAGUCCUAGGCAUUUACAGAGGAUUGACUGAGUUCCUGUAACGGUAAUUGUAUCAAGCCUAAAGAACAAAUAGGGUGUACUGUAUGUUUGUCGUGAUUACAUGCUGCAGGCUACUCUGUGAUGAAUAAAGGAAUUAUUUAGGAGUUUUAUACUUAAUGUUUGGGCACAAAUUCUUAUUUCUAUUCUUUACAGAAUCUUAUGAAAUUAUAGGCAUUGCCAUGUUCUUCCCUGCAUUUACCAACUAAGAGAAAAACAAUAUAUAACUUUAAGUCUGACUUUUCAUGCAGACUGACAAAUCCCUUUAUCAAAAUACAAGCUUUACUAUUCUAUUCUUUGCAGUAUAUUCCAACUUUGUACCGGUGUCUUUAGAGAGAGAAAAAAAACCAAUAUAACCUAGAAAAAGAUAUAGUCUUUUACAAAAUUCCAAAGAGAAAUUUACUAUGAGGAAGUA